AUGCGUACUAAUAAGUACCCUUAACAUUAAUUCUAGCCAGUCACAUUGCUCCACGAAGAACCAGCGUGGGUCCUUAUCAUUGCUUGUAAAACAUUAGUAUUAUAGUAAGGCCUAGAAUAAGGGUCGUUCAUUGACUUCCUUGAAGUUUAUUUUAUUGAAUGAAAAUGAAGGUGGUAACUAUAGGUAUCCUCUUGUUGAUGUCGUCAUUAUUAGUGUCUGCUGAUGAAGAUGUUGAAGUCAGUACAGAAUAUACCGCACCUGAGCCAGCCGGUGAUACUCACCUCCAUCAAGCUUUUGACAAUACAGAUGUUUUAGGAACAAGUUGGAUACCAUCUGAAGCAAAGAAAGAUGGUGUUGAAGAUGAAAUUGCUAAAUAUGAUGGGAAGUGGAAAGUUGAGGAACCGUCUAAGCAGUCCUUAGUUGGAGAUCUGGGUCUAGUACUUAAGUCUAAAGCAAAGCACCACGCUAUUGCUACUAAUCUAGAUAAACCAUUUGUCUUUGAUGAUCAACCAUUUAUUGUCCAAUAUGAGGUCAAGUUCCAAAAUGACCUAGAUUGUGGUGGUGCUUACAUUAAAUUAUUAUCCAAAGAUGAUAGUCUAAAGCUGAAUGCUUUCACAGAUAAAACGCCUUACACCAUUAUGUUUGGGCCUGAUAAAUGCGGUGCUGAUUCUAAGUUUCAUUUUAUCUUCCGACACAAGAACCCUAAGACAGGCGAAUUUGAGGAGAAACAUGCCAAAAAACCUAGUGGCUCAUUUUCACAUGUUUUUACUGAUAAGAAAACUCAUUUGUUCACCCUCGUUGUCGAACCUGAUAAUUCAUUUGAGAUGUUCAUAGAUCAGAAGAGCAUGAACUCCGGUAAUCUUCUUGAAGAUGUCAACCCACCUGUAAAUCCGCCUGAGGAAAUUCCUGAUCCAAAAGACUCUAAACCAGAGGACUGGGAUGAUAGGAAGAAGAUUCCAGAUCCUGAUGCUACCAAGCCUGAGGAUUGGGAUGAGGACGCACCCAGGAAGAUUCCAGACCCGGAUGCAGUCAAGCCUGAAGGUUGGCUGGAUGAUGAACCAGAACUCAUUCCAGAUCCGGAUAGUGAGAAACCUGAAGAUUGGGAUGAUGAAAUGGAUGGAGAAUGGGAAGCACCCAAGAUCAAAAAUCCUCUAUGUGAAGAUAUUGGAUGUGGAGAAUGGAAACCAGAGAUGCUUGAUAAUCCAGACUUUAAGGGUAAAUGGAAGGCACCGAUGAUUGACAAUGAAGCAUACAAAGGGGAGUGGUCUCCACGCAUGAUACCUAACCCAGACUACUUCCAAGAUCUAGAGCCUUUCAAAAUGACACCAAUUGGCGCACUUGGCUUGGAACUGUGGACAAUGAACAAUGAUAUUGUAUUUGAUAAUUUUAUUGUGACAUCAUCGAAAGAAGUCGCUGACCAAUGGGCUGCUGAUUCAUGGGCUCUCAAGAGCGGCGAUGAGUCUUCCGUGUUAUCAGGAGAUGGAAUGUUAUCUGGUCUACUAAGCGCAACUGAAGAGAGGCCAUGGUUAUGGGCCGUCUAUGCCCUCGUUGUCAUCAUUCCAAUCUUCUUGUGUGCAAGGUUCUGUUCCCCAUCUAAGAAGUCUGACUACAAGAAAACAGAUGAGCCAACGGGGGAUGAUGAAGAAGAAACUCAAGAUGAUGAAGAAGAGGAAGAAGCAGAUAAAGAAGAAGGUGAUAAUAAAGAAGAGACUGAAGAAGAGAAGAAGGAAAAGCCUGUACGGCAACGAAAAAAGAAAGCUAGUAAAUCAGAUCUAGAGACCAAGGAGGAUACCACUGACGGAGCUGAGACACCAAAGGAGGGAGGGGAUGGAGCUGUCAGGAAGUCACCAAGGAGAAAAACAGCCAAAGAAUGAGCAACGUUCUAGUAGUAAGGCAAGCAAUAAGGUCAAAGUUCAAGACAAGAUGCGAAUUGCAUCGACUACAAGUCGGAAAUCCCUACCGUCAUGUUUUUGGUUUCUCUACAAUUUCAGCAAUUGUAGAAAAAAUUUAUAGAUGUUGUUUUGGAAUUACAGAUGUCUGUAAAAAGAUGGCGCCAUUUACAACUAAUGCAUAUUCAUAUAUUAACUAAUGCAUAUUAUGUAUCAACUAAUGCAUAUUCAUGUAUAAUCAAAAUUCAGAGUUUUGCUUUUAUUUCAGACAGAUUGAGCAUGGAAAGACUGCUCAUGCCUUUGAUAAUAGUAAGAGUACCUGCACUCAGUAGAUAGGAUGUGAACAUUUUGUAAUUUGUUGUGGGAAAUUUCCAGGAAGUAAUGUUUGUUGGGUAAUUAAUGAGAUUACAAUCAUAAUAGAAUUAAAUGAAUCAGUUAAUAUAGAUUUUUCCAGAGCCAUUUUUUUGUCUGUUGAUGUUAUCUGCCUUCAAAUUCAAACCAACAUUGUGUGUUUGAUUCGGACAUUGCCCACCAAUUUGUGACUCGAUUGAUGGCUGUUGCAUAUAUGCUUGUUUAUUUAUUCGUGCACCAAAGAUCCCUGUUGCGUUUUUUCAUUGUAUGUACUAAACCAUUAUAUAUCUGUAAAAGUAAACUCCUAUCUAUCUUAAUGAUUUUUGUAUUCGAUUUUUUGUUUUUAUUUUGCUAUGAAUGUAUUGAAAACGCCAAUUUAUAAGUUUCAGCUUGAUGACCGCCCUCACAGCAAAUAGAUAAUAAGCCGAAGCUAUAAUGACUGCAGUUCUUCCGCGUAAAAAUAUUCAGCGUAAAAGUGGAAAUUAAAAUAUCAGAAAACAGCAAAUUAUUCUCUUUUUUCGAAAUGGAUGUUUUACACUGAUUUUACUCUGUGGUGGUGCUAAUGGUAAAAUUAUUUUGCACUUGUGUUACGGAAAUUAAAUGCCGAUGAACUUUUAUGCAAUGAUUGAUAAUACGUAAAUGAUACUAUAAUCAUAUUAAUGGUACCAGAAAAAUAUUACUUUCAUUUCAUGGUGCAUAUGAUACAAAUAAACAUUUUUAAUUAAUAUAUUUUAAAUGGUAUUACAAACAACAUUAAUUAUAUUUGAUUGUACUCUGCCACAGAUAACCAUUUUUAUAUUUGAUUUUACUUGUACCACAAAUCAUUUUUAUUCAAUGGUACCACAACUAAACUUUACAAUAAUUAUAUUUUCCUACCACAAAGUAAUCAUUUUUUUUAUUAUGUAAAUGGCUAUCAUAAUAACUAAUAUUUUAAUUGAUGGUAGAUACAUUUUACUACCACAAAUAUUUUUUUUUUUCAAUUGAUGGUACCACAAAUUAUUUUUAAGGGUUAUCUCAAGUUGAAUAUCGUAAUAUUUAGAAGUAGAUUUUGUGUGAAUUUAAUCCAUAUUCUGUGAUCUAAAGUGGUAGAUAAAAAUCAAAUUGUUGGAAUCAGAAUGUUAAUGAUUUGCAGCAUUGAGGAAUACUAUUACCGUAUAUUCUCGCGUAUAGGCGAUCAGCGUAUAAGACGACCCCCGCCCCCUCCUAGUUCACCGUUAAAAUUCCUACUUUUUGCUGCUAUUUAAGGUCUUAAUACAGCAUCGAGCUGGCAGUCAAAUGUUUGUCAAAUCUUUUUUCCCCGCAUCUAAAAUUGCGUUCCUUCAUAUCAACAGUAUUUUCAUUUCAUUAACAAAUUUGCGUGUUACAGAUGUUUCGCAAAUAUGAUUAGUAUGAUGUAAAAAUGAAUAGAAUUGUAUGUAUUGGCGUAUAAGACGACCCCCUCCCCCCCUGUUUUUCGAUCGUGAUAAUGCUGUUUUAAGCCUCGUCUUGUACGCAAGAAUAUACAGUAACUAUCGUGAUGUUAUAAACAACAUACUUUGGAAUAGGAAUACUGCAUUAAUGAAGAAGUGAAGAUAAUUGGCGUGUAGCUCUGUGUAAUAUUACUUAUAGUAAAAAACAGUGGUUACAAAUUGAUCUAUAUCUAUUGAAGAAAUUUGUAUGAAUUUUAAUUUACUCAAUGUCUGAUGAAUUAAAACAACAUUAAUAUUGUACUUUUUGUUAAUACAUAUAGACCAAAUUUAAAGGCAAAGCAAAGGAAUGAUUCUCUAAACGAUUCCUUGGGUCUCGUCGUGUAGCCCGUCCUUUUCUGCAUGUAAAUAUUACGUGUCCAGUGACAUAGGAACACAUUUUAAAAAGAAAUUGAAAAAAAAAAUAUCUUUGAUGUUUUUACAAGUAUAAAAUGAUAUGUGAUGUUUGAAUCUUAUUAUUAGUUGGUGUUCGGGUGAAAUAGGCUUAUAAUUAGGGUGUCUUUAAGGUAUUUGAGUUUGUUUAUAGGUAUUGAUAGGAUAUUGUGAUCUGCAAGAGUUAAAUAAAUUUAAAAACCACAAGGA